UUAUUCUGUGGUAUAUAUUGAUAGAUGAUUAAACGAUAACCUCAAAUUUCUCGGAUGUUUAUAUUGGAAAAUAAAUAAUAAGAGCUUAAUUUUUUUUAUUAAUAAAUAUUAAACAAAAUCAAUCAAAAUGGGGAAGAAGCAGCAUCAAAAAGAUAAAAUGUAUUUAACAUAUACAGAGUGGACCACUUUAUAUGGAGGUAAAAAAGCGGGUCCAUCGCAAGAAGAAAUUAAUUUUAAACGUCUCCCUUUGGACCACUGUUGUUUGUCUCUACAACCUUAUGAGAAUCCGUAUUGUGAUAGAGAGGGAAAUAUUUUGGAUUUGGAACCACUUAUUCCUUGGCUGAAAAAAUAUAAGAUAAAUCCUGUCACUGGAAAGCCUUUAGAAUUCAAGCAACUCAUUAAAUUGAAUUUUCAUAAAAAUGAGGGAAAAAUGGAAUGUCCUGUGUUAUUUAAGCAAUUCACCAAUAGUUCUCACAUAGCAGCGAUUGCUACUUCUGGAAAUGUAUAUCUAAUGGAAGCUAUUGAACAACUCAAUAUCAAAAAUAAAAACUGGAAGGAUCUCAUAACAGACCAGCCAUUUGAAAGAAGUGAUAUAAUAGUACUUCAGGAUCCUAAUAAUUUAGAAAAAUUCAAUAUAUCAAAUUUCCAUCAUGUUAAAAAGGAUCUCAAGGUUGAAACUGAAGAACAGAUACAAGAAAGGAAAAAUUCAAAAGUAAGGCUAAAAAAUAUCAACCCCGAAACAAAAUAUGCUCUUGAAGAAUUGGAAAGAGAUUAUAAAGAAACUUCUACAGAUAGUAAGCAAGUUGUUAGUAAGGAUAAAGCUGAUAAAUUCAAUGCUGCUCACUUUUCAACUGGAGCAGUUGCAGCUAGUUUUACCUCUACAGCAAUGGCUCCUGAACUAGUUCAUGAAAUGGCUAUUUUACCAGAAAAUGAAGUUAGAUACCAGUAUGUGAAAAAAAAAGGUUAUGUACGUUUAAUUACAAAUUUUGGACCUUUGAAUUUGGAAUUACAUUGUGACAUGGUUCCAAAAACUUGUGAAAAUUUCAUCAAACAUUGCCAAAAUGGUUAUUACAAUGGUACGAAAUUCCAUAGGUCUAUUCGGAAUUUCAUGAUUCAAGGCGGUGAUCCUACAAAUACAGGAAAUGGAGGUCAAUCUAUUUGGGGUGAACCUUUCGAAGACGAAAUAAGACCAAAUUUAAGUCAUACAGGACGAGGUAUCCUUUCAAUGGCUAACUCGGGGAAGAAUACUAAUGGUUCACAAUUUUUCAUAACAUAUCGCUCUUGUAAGCAUUUGGACAAAAAACACACCAUAUUCGGUUGUGUUGUAGGUGGCGUUGAAACUUUAACUGAAAUGGAAAGAAUUGAAGUAGACAAUAAGGAUAGGCCUAUAGAAGAUAUUGUCCUGGUUAGGGCACAAGUUUUCAAAGACCCUUUUGAAGAAGCAGAUGAACAAUUAAUGAAGAUGAGAGAAGAAGAAAACGCUAGAAUAUUAUCAGAAGAAGCGGAAAAAACAAAAAAUUCUAAACCUAAGAAAGUGUUGGAGGCCUAUCGUAGCGGGGUUGGAAAAUUUAUCAAUCCUGCUAUUGGAAAAAGCUCAAAUUCCAAAUCAGGAGUGCUUCAAGAACCUCAACCUAAGAAAGCAAAACUUUGCAGAGGGUUUGUUUUUGAUAAGUGGUGAUAUAAUGUACUCACUUGUAAAUAUAUUAUUAUAUAAG